GAUUACGGGUGCUGAUUGGCUGUUCUCGACAAGGUCAUUGAUACCGAGGACGGUAGAAAUAAUUGUCUUUAGAUUACUCAUGCUGUUAGGCGUCGACGGCUUGCUUAGAUAUUAUAUUCUACAUAGCAUGAUAUUUUUUUUUCUUUUAAGCUGCUCAUUCUGAAGUUUGUUCAAUAGCCAACAAACAUCACCGCAAUCCUUGCCGCAAGCUGUUUUACACGAAUCAACUGACAACUUUACAUCUGCUAGCAGAAACUGAUAAUGUUUUGAACACAUAAUCUGGCGCAUUUACUGGCGCCAAAACUUGUGUACUAGACGAUUGGCGCCAGCCGCGUCCAUUCGCGCGCUUCUUGUCACAUUGUGCGGCCGCGUGCCUCACUUCUCCCGAUUUACAAUAUUCUCAGAUUUUGUCCAUCAACCCUCACCCCACCCAGCCGCCAACAUGUUUGAAGCGCGUCUCGCCAAGGGUGCCAUCUUCAAGAAGAUCUUAGAGGCGGUGAAGGAUCUGCUCACAGAGGCCUCCUGGGACUGUGGUGAUAUGGGCAUCACCCUGCAGGCCAUGGACAACGCUCAUGUCUCGCUCGUCUCCCUCAACCUCAGAUCUGACGGCUUUGACAAGUACAGAUGUGACCGCAACCUCACCAUGGGCAUGAACCUCGGAAGCAUGUCCAAGAUUCUCAAGUGUGCAGGAAAUGAUGACAUUGUCACAAUCCGUGCCCAGGACAACCCAGACACAGUCACCUUUGUCUUUGAGUCAGAAAAUGGCGAGAAACAGUCUGACUAUGAGAUGAAGCUUAUGAGUCUGGACCUGGAGCAUCUUCAGAUUCCUGAGACUGAGUACGCCUGUGUGGUGAAGAUGCCGGCUGGAGAGUUCGCUCGCAUCUGCCGGGACCUGAGUCAGUUCGGUGACUCGAUAGUCAUUAGCUGCAGCAAACAGGGAGUCAAGUUCUCCGCAUCGGGUGAUAUCGGCUCAGCGAACGUAAAGCUGGCGCAGUCCUCCAAUGUGGACAAGGAGGAGGAGGCAGUCACGAUCGAGAUGCAGGAACCGGUCUCCUUUACCUACGCCUGCCGCUACCUCAACUUCUUCACCAAGGCCACGCCUCUCUCAGCGCAGGUGAAGCUUUCGAUGUCUCCCGAGUACCCCCUCAUGGUAGAGUACGCCAUCGAUGACAUCGGUCAGAUCCGCUACUUCCUCGCACCAAAAAUAGAGGACGACGACAACUAAACAGCACGAGCGUUGUCGACGAAUGAAAAAGAUCAACCACUUGUGUACAGGACGAUAGCUAAACGCCCGGCGACGCCAUGGAAACGGAGUGCAUUGGCCAUCGCAGAGGGUGAUGUGUAGUUCACCAGGUGGCCGAUAGGUGGCUACGGUUUCUGCGCUGCUAGUUCAUCCGUUUGACGAAAGAUGGCUCUGCCGAUCUGUGUCUAGUGUUUUCUGUGCAUUCACUAGCGGCGUUGUACAUUUUUGUGGCCGUGGCCGAUUUGUUCACAACUUAGGUCGUGUUUCGUCAUCUUUUAGGCGUCUUGCCCUUGUCUCGAAGUUUCCAGUCGUGUUGUGUCUGAAGGCUUCUCUUGACUGGUUUAACGUUGGUACCUGACAAUGCCUACAAUUGGCCCGAGGAAAAGUUGUCCAUUCAUGGAUCUGAGACUAUCCGUUCAUUUCAUUUCUUAUAGCCUCAUGCAUACGAUCACGUUGUUUCGUGUUGUAUAUUUAAAACGUUUGCUCACGAGAAGAAAUGUGUCUUUGCUUAUGGCGUCCAGUUUCGAGCAAUUUUCGUCAGUUCCACCUAAACACCCUAGUUAUAUUGUGCGCUAAGGUCUCAACUAAUGCCGCUCUCGUCUGUGUUGGAUUGCUGCUCUCGUCUGUGUUGGAUAACAUGUUGGAGGCUGAAUACACCUUUUGUACAA